AUGAUGGAUUCAAGUGACGAUUCAUCUUCUUCAAGAAAAAAAAAAGCUAAAUGUCUUGUCCCUAAUGUUUUACCCAUCAAUAUUUCGUCAAAUUACACUAGUUUACCCCUCUCCAAACCCCCAAACACGUUAUUGAGUAAAGCGUGUAUAUCGACAUUGGAGGUUAAGAACUAUCACUUGAUUAUUAGGGUAAUCACUCACACUUGUCAAUUCUCAGAUCGCAGGGGUUUCAAGUAA